AUGCAGCGCUCGCAGGAUGAGGCUGCUCUCACUGCCGGGGAAGCGGAAUCCUUCAAGGAACAAGGAAACGCAUACUAUGCCAAGAAAGACUAUAACGAAGCGUACAACUAUUACACGAAAGCCAUAGACACCUGUCCCAACAACGCCAGCUACUACGGGAACAGAGCUGCCACGCUCAUGAUGCUGGGGAGGUUCCGCGAGGCGCUGGCCGACGCUCAGCAGUCCGUCAGGCUGGACGACAGCUUCGUAAGGGGCCACCUCCGGGAAGGCAAGUGCCAUCUGUCCCUAGGCAAUGCCAUGGCUGCCAGCCGCUGCUUUCAACGGGUUUUAGAACUGGAUCACAAGAAUACGCAGGCACAGCAAGAGCUGAAAAACGCCAGUACUGUCCUUGAGUAUGAAAAAAUAGCUGAAGUGGAUUUUGAGAAACGAGAUUUCAGGAAGGUCGUGUUUUGCAUGGAUCGUGCUUUGGAGUUUGCUCCCGCUUGUCACCGGUUCAAGAUCCUGAAGGCUGAAUGUUUAGCGUUGCUGGGUCGCUACCCAGAAGCACAGUCCGUAGCAAGCGACAUACUGCGAAUGGACUCAACAAACGCAGACGCGCUGUAUGUCCGUGGCCUCUGCCUUUACUACGAGGACUGCAUCGAGAAGGCAGUGCAGUUCUUCGUGCAGGCGCUCCGGAUGGCCCCGGAUCACGAGAAAGCGUGUCUCGCCUGUCGUAAUGCCAAAGCACUUAAAGCAAAAAAAGAAGAUGGGAAUAAAGCCUUCAAAGAAGGAAACUACAAACUAGCAUAUGAACUGUACACAGAAGCGUUAGGAAUAGACCCAAAUAACAUAAAAACAAAUGCCAAACUCUACUGUAACCGGGGGACGGUUAAUUCAAAGCUUAGGAAACUUGAAGAAGCAAUAGAUGACUGCACAAAUGCGGUAAAACUGGAUGAAACGUAUAUCAAAGCAUACUUGAGGAGAGCACAAUGUUAUAUGGACACAGAACAGUAUGAAGAUGCUGUAAGAGACUAUGAAAAAGUUUAUCAGACAGAAAAAACAAAAGAACACAAGCAACUUCUAAAGAAUGCACAGGUAGAACUGAAGAAGAGCAAACGGAAAGACUACUAUAAAAUCCUUGGAGUUGACAAAAAUGCCUCCGAAGAUGAGAUCAAGAAGGCUUACAGGAAAAGAGCACUUAUGCAUCACCCAGACCGACACAGUGGAGCAAGCGCAGAAGUACAAAAGGAAGAGGAGAAGAAAUUCAAAGAGGUUGGAGAGGCCUUUACCAUCCUGUCAGAUCCCAAGAAGAAGGCUCGCUACGACAGCGGGCAGGAUCUAGAAGAGGAUGGACUGAACAUGGGAGAUUUUGAUGCAAAUAAUAUCUUCAAGGCCUUCUUUGGUGGGCCGGGCGGCUUCAGUUUUGAAGCUUCUGGGCCAGGAAAUUUCUUUUUCCAGUUUGGCUAAAAAAAAAAAAAAAACUCCACAUACCUGAUCUGCUUAUUUUAACCUUGAAUAUGGACAUACUUAGACUCCUUCCUUCAUCAUGUCUCAUUGUACUUAGAGCAGUUUCAUUUUCUCGGUUGGAGACCUCUUGUUUUGUGUGCUUUUGUGUGUGAAGAGGAAACCAGCCCGGGGAGGGGAAGGCUUGUGAAUUUGGUUUUACUGUUAACUUUAUUAAAAAAAAAAAAGAAAACAAACAAUAAUAAUAAUAAUAAUAAAGCUUUGAAUCUUUCGGUCCCUCCAUGCUGGCCCAUGCUUUCAGACUGAGGGGGUUUCCUUGGAGUCCUCUCCGUGGCAUCUUGGCCUGCAGGAGGGUGAAGCCAUCUGCUUGUUCUGGUUGGCUCCAAAGUGUGGUGUGGCAGCAUGUCUAGGGCUUGUAGCAAUUCAUAAGUUCUUUCAACCUUCUGGAAAUACCGCUAAGAUUCAGUCAAGUUUGAUAGAAUUGCAUUUUUUUUUUUAACCUGCCAGCUGUUGUUUCUUUUUUGCCAUGAUUCUACCAGAACGGUACACAUGGGCAUUAACUUAAGUGGUAGUGUGUGAAGUUAACACUUACAUAUCAGAGAAGCACUUCUUUGGGUUGAAAAGGGCAGCUUAUGUGAGAAUUCCCUGUGGUGCAGCUGGAAUGAAGGGCUUUGUGUUUCCACUCAACCGUCGUCUUUAAGGGAACACGCAAUUUGCUCUGGGCUGAAUUUCUUCAUCGGAUCUUUUUUGGUUUAAUCCACUUGAACCUUUGAUAUUUGUGCUAAAACUUGAGUUUAUGGCUUAAAAACUUCAUGUUUGAUUUCAUGUACUGAUCCAUAACUUGGACGAGCUCUUUCUAGCUUUGAGGACGUGUAAAGUCAUAUUCAGGUAAUUAACUGAAAAGGGUUACUCUGUGCGUGUGCCACGCUGUGUUCUCAUGACGUUUACAGCAACUGUACAAAUACGUUAAAUUAAUAAGUAGUUUUCAAAUCCAAGUAAUUUACUCUUUGGAAGAAGCAAGAAAAUGCACAAACUUGGAACUGGCGCUCUGCAACUUGCUUCUCUUGCACCACGGCAGGGAACGGCCGGCGCGGUGAGGCUGGAGCUGUGGGCAGUGAACGCUGCUGUAUUUUUCCCUGCAAGUGUCGUGUUGUAGCAGGAGAUAAGCCGAGGAGGUCUCUGCUUCCAGCAUUCUCCUCCGUUUCUCCUGUAGAGUGGAGGGCCGAGCCGGAGCCGCUGUUGGCUGCGCCGAGGCGGCGCGCGGGGCCGGCAGAGCGCGGGGCUUGCGCCCGUUGCUGCUCGGGCCAGGGUCUUUCAGAGGCGUCGCUGUGUCCGGAGUGUCUUCAGCCGACCCCGGUAGCGUAGGGACCCUCGAGGGUGGAAUUUUGCCUGGCUGGAUGAAACGGAUGUGCUUUGGAGUACACGCAAGGCGUUUUCCUAGGGAAACCUGCCACUAGCUUUUAUAUAACAUCUGACUCGACUCCUUACCGUUGGGGAAAGGGAUUGCAAUGACUUCAUUGCAUGAACUCGUUCUCGUGAGUGCUCAUAUCUGUCUUCCUUCCUCCUGAGGGCUGUACUUGUCCUCUCGACUUGGACAGAGUGGCUAGACUGC